AUGUGCAGGUUUGUGUGUGUGGGGGGGUCUUUUCCCUCCCCACAGCCUUCAGCAGAAGCCCACCGCCAAGCAGCAGAUCAACACCAAUUCCUACAACAGGCAUUAAGAUGAAGCCUUUGCUUUUCCUCUCCGUUCUAUUUUGUGUUUUUAUCUUCCACAUUGCUGAGGCCAGAGUCAUUCCGGAGGGAGUGCCGUAUGAUGAACCCCCUGCCGUACCCUACUGGCCGUACUCUACUUCGGAUUUCUGGAACUACGUGGAGUACUUCCGGACCAUCGGGGCCUACAAUCACAUCAACGAAUUGGCACGGGCCUUCUUCGCCCACCAGCAUUUGGGCGACACUUUGGGCUACGAUAGCACCGCUGGUCAUGAGCACUAAAGUGUCACCAUGAGCCAUAUGCCCCAGAAAAGCCAAAAACAGUAUUUACUUAUGAAUAUUGAUAGAAGUCCUUACUUUGUUCAGGCUUGCGGGACCUUUUCAUGUAAUGAACUUCAA